UGUGUGUUUCCCCUCUGCAGGGAUGAAGACCUACCUGAUCUCAGGGAGGAAGAUAGAGCAUGCUCAGUGUGGUUGUUCUCAGGACAUCCUGACCCCGUGCCCUCGCCCCCACACCUCUGCCCUCGUGCCUGGGGGGGCUGCUGCCCUCUGUGUGUCCUGCACUGUGAGUGGGGAGCAGACAGAGGAGGGGGCCGGACUCAAUGGAUGCCAGGAUGAACAUAAGACUAACAGCGCCAAGUUUACUCCAGGCUGCAGCCCCAGGGCUCUGAAUGGCAUUCUCAGUCCUCCACUGGAGGACUCGGUGAUGGCCAGCCAGAGCUCUCUAUGUGACAUGCUCCAGGAGAAAGAAAAGAAGACCAGUACGGGCACAGGGACGGGUACCAGCCUCGGUAUGGGGGGUCCAGGAGGGGCGGGACCGGGGGGCACAGGCAUGGACCACUCCGCCCUCAUCCCGCUACGCUCCAAGAACUUCAGGGAGAAGAGUGACGUCCAUUUUGUUGAUGUCAUCAAGGAGGACAGUCUGAUGAAGGACUACUUCUUCAAGCCUCCCAUCAACAAGCUGAGCCUCAACUUCCUGGAGAGACCUCUGGAGACAGCCUACCGCAUCAGCUACCAGGAGGAGGUGGAGACCCAGGCCCCAGUGCAGACCUUCGCCAGCCCUACCUUCAGCUCCUUCCUGGAUGUUCUCCUAUCCUGCUCUGUGUUCCUCGCCCUCACCUUGGCCUGCUUCCUGGUUCCCAUGGUCACCAUGGAGUCGCCUCCGGCAACCGUCCUGGGAUUGGCUACCGCUGCUGGUCUGUUAGAGCUGGUCUCCCUGGUGCUGUCCAUACGUAUGACGUUCUACCUGGACAACGUGUUGAGCUGUACCCAGACCUUGCUGAGGGUGGUGUCAGGCUGGAUCCCCCGUCAUGUGAUCGGGGCCGUGCUGGUCUCACUUCCUGCCGUGUCCGUGUUCUCACACCUCGCCUGCAGCCUCCACCUGCCCAUCCAGGUAACCAUGUUCCUGUGCUGUGCAGUGACCAUAGCCAUCAUCCAGUACUGUAACUUCUGCCAGCUGAGUUUCUGGAUGAGAUCUGCCCUGGCCACGGCUGUUGGUGUGGCUCUACUAGUGCUGCUCCACAGCCCCCUCAACAGGACAGGCUCCAGUAAUGACAGUUCUCCAGCGAUGGGUAAUCUCACCAAUGAGACAUGGUCCACUCCAGAACCACGUCCAGACGCCAUGGACCCCAUGAGACCCCUAGACCUACUGGUCCCAGAAGCAGUACUCACCUACUUCCUCCUCCUUCUAUUGGUCUGGUUUUUGAACCACGAGUUCGAGGUCAGCUACCGUCUCCAUUACCACGGCAACAUAGAGGCCGACAAGCACCGCGUCAAGAUCCAGAACAUGCGGGACCAGGCAGACUGGUUGCUAGGCAACAUCAUCCCAAUCCACGUUGCCGAGCAGCUCAAGGUGACCCAGUCGUACUCCAAAAAUCACGACAACGCCGGGGUCAUCUUUGCGAGUAUUGUGAAUUUUUCUGAAUUCUACGAGGAAAGUUACGAAGGCGGGAAGGAGUGUUAUCGAGUGCUCAAUGAGCUCAUCGGCGACUUCGAUGAGUUGCUACGGAAACCGGACUUCGCCAACGUGGAGAAGAUCAAGACGAUCGGCGCCACGUACAUGGCGGCGUCCGGGCUGAACCCUCAGCAGUGCAUUGACGACUCCCACCCCAACUCUAACCACCUGAGGGCGCUGUUCGACUUUGCCCUCGAGAUGAUGGGUGUUUUGGACGACUUCAAUAAAAACAUGCUAGGCUUUGGGUUUAAGCUCCGUAUCGGGUUCAAUCAUGGUCCCCUGACGGCGGGGGUGAUCGGCACUACCAAGUUGCUCUACGACAUCUGGGGAGACACAGUGAAUAUUGCGAGUCGCAUGGACUCUACAGGGGUGGAGUGUCGGGUACAGGUGAGUGAGGAGAGCCACUCGGCGCUCAGCAGAAUGGGAUUAGAGUUCGACUACCGCGGUACCGUCAACGUCAAGGGCAAAGGUCAAAUGAGGACCUUCCUGUAUCCCAGGAGCACUGAAAGAGGUGGGCAGCUAUUGGCUGAACCUUGGCUACAGCCACAUCAAUUAGUUGCUGUUUUGCCCCCGGUGAAACCUGUCCAAUCACAGGCAGCCGUUGGACCCGUGGGGGAAGGAGACACCGUUAAAACAACCAAGUCUGAUGCAGGUGCCAAUGCGCCAGCUCCUCCUCCUUUAUCCUCUUCUUACACUCCUCCCACCUCCUCCUCUUCCUCCACAUUCACCCCCCAAGCCUCUUCCAUAGGACCUCCUGGAGCUCCUUCAGGACUAGGGCCAGAGCCAGGCCCGGCCAAGCCCUGCGGGGUGAGGGCAGAUCGGGCAGAGGGGUACAGGGAUGCUCCUCCAACCCCACCAGGAAUCCCCCAAACUGGGGCUGGCCACCCCCUUGCUACGGGCACGGACCCUCACCCCCUUACCCUGGACCUAGACCCGGAGCUAGUACCCUGUACCUUGGCACAGCCUGAGGAAGAGGAGGAGGAGGAAGCAAAUGAGCUGACAAAGCUCAAUAAGGAGGAUUUCAUGUCACGCCUUUGAUCCAUCAAGUGCUGAUCUAGGAUCAGCUCCCCCUUAUCCAUAUAAUCCUAUUCAUUAUGAUUUUAAAGUUGAAACUGAUCCUCGAUCAGCACUCCUUUCUCUGAGCUGAGCUGAAGACAGAAGUAGCUACAGAUAAAUGUUUGUAGGGAUGGAAGGAGUUUUUUCCCCCUAACUUAUCCAUUAAUCACCUUUCUGAACCAAAACAGAUGUUUUCACAUGAUGAAAUGUGACUGCAGACAGAGUGACCUUUGGACAUUGACUUGUAGUCAAGCUAUGAUGGCUCAUCACUUUUCUAUAGGAAGGGGGAGGGCUGUGUUGAGCACAGUUAUUGUGGCACAAUAUAAUGGAGGGGGAGGGAGGAGGAGGAGUAGAGAAAGGGUUUUUGCUUGUUGGUGUUGAGGUUUUAUUUUUCUUAUGCUUUGGUUGAUAUGUAAAGAAGUGCCUUCAGGACAAGAACCGUUAACGAACAAGAAAUGAAUAUGGAACAAAAACACAAAAAAGGUUGGAACAAUCUUUAGCAUGACUUAUUUUUUAUAUUUCAAACCUAGUCUACCGAUGAUGCUGUGGUUCUUUUACUACAAGUUGUUUUUUCAAUGUAAUUUGUUUUGUUAUUGUAUCGUUAUCGUUUGUGCCAUAUUCAGUUUUUCACUUGAUCAGUUGUAGCCUAUUCGCCUGACCGUAAAGGGAAAUAAAUGACGUGCCAGACAGUGGUGGAUUAUGGGUAAGAAGCAUGGGUAGAAUAAGGGAAUGACAAAAAGCAGUGUUAUUGGUGUUUCUGCUUUGAGACGAUGGCUUAGAGUGUUUGUGAUGUGCUACAUAGACCCAAUACUAAAGGGAAAACCAACAUAGGGAUUUAUCUUCACACUGACGCUUUUUUAUGUCCAACUUUUCAGGAAGCACAUUCUUUUUAAAGAAACUUCCGUACAGCUUCUUUAAGUGGUCUGUGGAACAUAACUGUCGGAACCAUAGGUCUCCUGACUGGGUCUCACACAACUUCUCCUAGACCUCUCCUAAAUGGAAAUGGCAAAUUGGGAUGGUAGCCUAUACCAAGCAGUCUUGACAGUAAGAAAACUGAACAAAUACGUUAUAGCACUCUCAAGUAACGAUUAUACUCUAACAAGUAUACUGAAAAAGCACAAAUCUAAAAAUUGUUUAAGGGAAUCAUAGUGUAGGAAAUUAAAGGGACUAUUUGGUUAUAUCAAAAUGGGAAAGCACUUAAAAUCUUUAGGGAUAAUAUGUGUUAAAAGUAUGACAUUCGCCAAAAGGAACAGAAUUCAUUACAAACAGUUUAUUAACAUGUUAUAACAUGUAUUAAUGUGUAUUGAAGUGAAAACUCAAGUUUGUAUGAAGUUCUAUCCAUUGUGUUAGUUGCCACAGAAACAAAUUAUUUUGACCGACACCAGAUUCAACCAAUGGCUAAUCACGGCUGUCUUUAGCAUUGUGUGACAUGCUGGUUUGAGAGGUGGGACGUUUAAUCUUUUAUCCAAUCACAGCCUCUGCAUGAGGGAGGCUCUACUGUAUUAAUGUACUUAAAAUGUGCCACUUUCAUCAAGUUAUUAUUUGGGUGCAAUGCAACCUAUAUUUUUCAACGUUUUCCUUUUCGAGUAAAUUUUUUGUAAUGCCUAAAAAAACUAUUUUUGGUUGAGUUAGUAUGAUGAUGAUAGCAAUGAUGAUGAUGAUUGUAUGUUUUAUGAAAUUAUGAAUCGCCUUGAGCAGUUCCAACUGCAACUCCUGUUUUGAGAAAAUCAACAUCUUGCUCACUUGUUUUUUUUGUCUCUCUCUCUCUCUCUCUCUCUCUCUCUUUCUCUGACUGAUUCUCUGUGAAUUCUAUGUGAAGAGUGGUGUGCCCAAGGUCUCUUCCGUGCUCCCUCGCUUUUCUCUUUUCUCUCACCUUGCCUUUUCCCCUCUUUUCUGCUCAAGCUUUUUCUUCUGAAAGAAAGGGUCUAUAGGGGAUUCAUCUGUAGCCCUGUCACUUUUGUGUCUUACAUUUCAGACAGAAAGUAGUAUGAAAAUAUGUGUCGUGUGUGUGCGCGUGUGCUUUUUUCCCCAAGUCUAUUUGACUAAGGAGAAAGAGUGAAAGUUGAAGUUGCCCCUUGGUGCUGAUCAAGGGUCAGUUUUGUGUUUUACUUCCUAAUGGUCGAUGCUCGGACUUGGAUAGAGUAAUCUGAUGAGUAAUCUUUGGGGAUACCUCUACUCUAAACUGCAGGGAGAACCAAUAAGAGCUAGUUUAAGGUUCUUUAAGUGGGCUAUCAGACAAAUUAUAAACAUAUGAUGCGAAUCAAAGCAGAUGGCCUAUAACUUCAAGGUGAGUGCCCAUAAAAAGAUCUAGAAAUCCUAUUAAAUCGGAAUUAAGUUCAUAUUAUGCCAAUGUACCCUUGCCAAAAUUCUGAGUCUGUUUAACGUUUGGGACUUUUGUUUACCUACCACCAAUAUGUACUUCUAAUAUGUCAGUACCUUUUGCUAGACAUCUUGUGUGGAUAAAGUUUGGUGGCUUAUUGUCAGCCUUAUUGAUAUUCUUAUCCUCAAAUGCCUUUCCACUUCCAAUAACUUUGAAGCACAUUCAUAGAUUCUAUAUAUCUGACUAUAGUUAAUAAUUCGACACACACCAUUUUUAUAUUAUGAAUUAAAGUACUGUGGAUCUUUGUAUUAAAUAUUUGGAUAUAUUUUUAUUUAUCACACUUGAAGAAAAAGCCAUACUUUAUCUUUCACUUCCACAGAAGCAGACCGUAUUUACCAUCAAUCGUGUAUCUAUUUGGUUUAUGAUUGCUUAAGUAAGUGUUUGUGCAUUGAAUCACACUUGUAUUUAUUUUGGUAGUUAGAGUGAGAUGGAGUACAGUAGCGAUUUGUAUUGAGUUUGGAGUGAAAGGGCACAGUAACCAAGACUGGUAUCCAAGGGACAAUUUUUUUAAAGGGAACUAGGCAGAAGAGGGAGGAGGGAUAUGGGCAUGCCACCCUCUUACUAAAACCUUCACCAAUACUGAGAAAUAAAAAAGGGAAUAUAAGUAAAAACUAAACUGUAUCAAACUCUGUGCUCUCUGGUAAAAUGGGAGGAAUGGGAGGGAAUGACUUUGACUUUGCUUGUUUGAGUCUGACAUUUUCACCACUUUGCUCUGUGUGUGUGUCUUUGUUCUUGUUCUUGUGUGUGUGUGUGUGUGUGUGUGUGUGUGUGUGUGUGUGUGUGUGUGUGUGUGUGUGUGUGUGUGUGUGUGUGUGUGUGUGUGUGUGUGUGUGUGUUUGCAUGGACAUACUUAGUUUUUUUGCUACCACUUCUCACCCAUACACUCCCGCCAUUGGUCAUUGAUUUCUUUCUUUGCCUCUCUUGACAUUUCUAACCAACCUUAGGGUUUGUUUGUUAGCUUUCAUGACAUGGAUAAAGCCUCCAGAAGUCUAUUUUAAUUGAGCCCAAGUAGUAUAAUUCAAAAGAAUAUAUAAUAUAUAUGCCAUUUAGCAGACACUUUUAAACAAAGUGACUUACAGUCAUGCGUGCAUACAUUUUACAUAUGGGUGGUCCUGGGAAUCAAACACCCAAUCCUGGCGUUACAAGCGCCAUGCUCUACCAACCAGGCCAUACAGGACCCAACUGAGCCAUACAGGAUAAUUAUGCUAUACAAUAUCUAAUACGAGUUGGGAAACAAAAGCCAACAACGAACAAACUAAUUAUUCAGUAAUUAACAUAAGCUUAAACAUCAAGAAUGCAUAGAACAGAGAGAUUAAAUAUAUAUUGUUUGAACUGAACCAGUGUCUGAGCCUGUGUUUCUUUCUGCAGAAAAAGUCCUUUUACCAGGCCUUCAUAGUAAAUACAAUUGUUGAGACAAUAUAGUUUUUUUUCUUCUUUUUACUGUUUGGGGUGCAGAUAUACUAAAUAUUUGUGGGUGUGUUAGCACAUUCAAACUAUCAUCACAAGCAAAAAAAGUUGAUAAUUCACUCGCGAUUAAAUUGCACACUCACUUUCUUUCACUGCUAUUGUAAAUUAACCAUAGUAAAUUAGCUCCAAUGUGUUAUUUCCACACUGGGGAUAACAAUAUAUAUUGAAAAAAGCCAAGUGUUUUAAUUUGUUUAUCUGAGAUGUAUGUUGUGUUUUUUUGCUUGUUUAUAUUUGCCUUUUUCAAUCAGUCAGUGUGCUAUUGUGUUUGUUUAUUUGUUAUUGUGCACAUUAACCAUAGCCAAUGUAUCAUUUUUAAACACGAUGAACAUAAUCUGUAUACAUUUGCACAAGGCACUCACUAUGUAUGUACAUAUGCAAUAUGUAUUUGAUGUCACAUUUAUGAUUUUGUUUCAACUUUUUGUACAUGUGCCUGAGCCAGAUUUGGACUUUUUGUGAAAAACGAUGAACAGGAGAACACUUCAAUAUCAAACUGUUUUGUCGUCUGCCUGGCUGUCUGGGUGACUGUGUGAAUGAUAUAUUAUGUAUGAUCUUUCAAGGGCUUGUCAAAAUAAGUAUUUUAGAUGCUGCAAGUGCAGCAAUAUUUCUACCAUAAUUAUGACAACCAACAAUCCCCUGCAACUAGCAUAAGUACAAUAGUAAUAUAUUUUGUUCCUUAAUUCAAGAGCCUGAUGUUAAUGUGGAGACCUAUUAGGCUUAUUAGACAAUCCAAAGUCCAUCACACUGCCAUUUAUUAAAGAAGAUGGACAUUGGAGGGUUUGUUUGGGUGAUAGGAGGAAAGCAGCAUUGUGUGCCAACAUACACAGGAGAGAUGAGGCCAGUGGGAAGGUAGGCCUGGCAGGUAAAUCAAGAAAAGUACAGAAAUUAAAGGAUCCAAACUUUUGUUUA